AUGAAAUUCACCAAGUCACCGGGCCUUUUGGCGCUGGGUCUGGCAAGAAAUGCAGUUGCGGAUAGCUGGCCCGCUUCAGCGUCCUCUGCUUCGACGACUGUGACCGGUUAUCUCACCUGGGCAACUCUCACAAGCACUGUUGCCACCACGACCACCUCGACCGUGAUUGUUGAUGCCAAUGGCAAGCAUGUCCUGCCUCCCGCGCCGAAUCCCGCCGCCUCAUCAGCACCAGCAGACGAUAAGCUCGUAGAGCUAGCUUCCGGAACAGCUAUUGGCACUUGGACCGCUGCUACCACUGCCGCCGUUGAUCCUGCUAUGCAUUCCGAUGGCCACUGGAUUGAUUGGGCCAACGAUGUGAGGACGAUCGGCACCGAUGGUGACGUCUUCACUUGGGCCGGUGACGCUCCAUCAGCUCCCCCCUUGGUGUCCACUCCCCCUAACAACAGCGCGCCCAAAAACUCAUUGCCCGAACCGGGCUCACCAUCAUCCAACGUGACCACUCCCCAAGAGGGCAACGGUGGUGGUUCCUGCAACACCGCUGCCGACCGAAGCAAGUGGUGUGGCGGAUUGAGCACCAGCACCGACCACUACAACACCAAUUACUCAACUGGCCGGACCUGCUCGUACGACUUCACCAUUACCAACACCACCAUCGACUUCGACGGCAGCGGUGCGAGGAUAGCCUUCGCCAUCAAUGGCCAGGUCCCAGGGCCCCCGAUUGAAUGCAACUGGGGUGAUGUCCUCCAGGUGACCGUCCACAAUGAGCUGCAGGACAAUGCUACCACCAUCCAUUGGCACGGUAUCAUGCAGAAGGAUUCCAACGACCAAGACGGUGUCCCAGGUAUCACCGAGUGCGGCAUCGCUCCUGGCUCUUCUAGAACUUACACUAUGAAACUCCGCCAAUAUGGAACUGGCUGGUACCACUCUCACGUCUCGACCCAAUAUGGCGACGGUGUCCGCGGACCGAUGAUCAUCCACGGACCUGCCACGGCCAACUACGAUAUCGACAUGGGCACGGUCAUGAUCGACGAUACUUUCAACGUCACCGUUGCUCAACAGUACGAAAGAGUUGCGCAUACUGGUCCGACUGGUACGGUCAAUUACCUGCUCAAUGGCAAGAAUACCAAACCCGACCUCUCUGCCGGCCAACAUGCUCUGUGGUCCGUUCAGCAGGGCAAGAAACACUUGUUCCGUCUAAUCAACUCAGCCUCCCAGAACAUGUACUCGGUACACUUUGACAACCACGUCAUGACCGUCAUCGCUGCGGACUACGUCCCCAUUGUGCCUUAUACUACCGAGUGGCUCAACAUCGGUAUCGGCCAACGAUAUGAUGUCGUCGUCGAGAUGAACCAGCCAGUCGCCGGCUACUUCUUGCGUGCUGUCACCCAGACUGGCUGCCUCAGCAGUUGCGCCAACAAUGGUCUUGGUGAUGCUAACGGUAUCAUCCUGUACAAGGGCGCUGAAGCUACCCUCCCCACCUCGACUUAUGGCAACAAGACUCCCGCCGACUUCGCCAUCUGCUUGGAUGAGCCGAUUGCCUCUCUGGUUCCUUUCCUCCAGAAAUCAGCUGGCACAAUCGACCAAUUCGCCGCUACUGCUUCCACCUUGCCCGCCGGUAACGUGGCGCAAGUCUCGACCAGCGACGACGGCACCGUUUUCCGCUGGUUCAUAAAUAACGGGGCUAUCAACGUCAACUACACCCAGCCAACUCUUAAGGUCUUGGCCGAGGGCGGUGGCAGCAACAGCCCACUGAUUUCCAACCCCGUCACCCUCAACGUGGCCAAUAAGUGGGUGUACUUCGUCAUCCAGAACCAAUUCUUCGCCGCCCACCCAAUGCACUUGCACGGCCACGAUAUGAGUUUGUUGGGUCAGGGCACCGUCGCCUGGGACCCCAGCUUGAUCUCGACCCUAAACUUCGAAAAUCCUCCUCGUCGUGACACCGCCAUGCUAGUCGGCUCUCUAGGCCCGGGCAACCCAGCCGGAUAUACCGUGAUUGGCUUCGAGACCGACAAUCCAGGUGCGUGGCUGAUGCACUGUCAUGUUGUAUGGCACAGCGACGGCGGUCUCGCCCUGCAAUGGAUUGAGAGACCAGACGAAAUUCCCGCGUAUGCCGACAAGCAGACAUUCCAGGACGAAUGCUCGGCUCUCAGCACCUACGAAGCCGUCGACCCUAGCCACCGCACCCACAGCUCUGGCUCGUCCGGCUUGAAGCGCCGCACUUACGUCGACCCUUUCCUUGAGGCCCGCUCUGAUAAUGUAGUGCGUCUCUCCGAAUCCGUCGAGAAGUAG